GUACCUGUCAAAUUCAGGUACCCGCUCCCCCUCCCUCCCCAAAGGUCAGCAGUCCCUGGUCAUCCCCUGCACUGUCUGCAGUCUCUGGUCAUCUCCUGUACUGUGUCCGCAGUCUCUGGUCAUCUCCUGUACUAUGUCCGCAGUCUCUGGUCAUCUCCUGUAGUAUGUCCGCAGUCUCUGGUCAUCUCCUGUAGUAAGUCCGCAGUCUCUGGUCAUCUCCUGUGCUGUGUCUGCAGUCUCUGGUCAUCUCCUGUACUGUGUCUGCAGUCUCUGGUCAUUUCCUGUACUGUGUCCGCAGUCUCUGGUCAUUCCCUGUACUAUGUCUGCAGUCCAUUGUCAUCUCCUGUACUGUCCGCAGUCUCUGGUCAUCCCUAUACUGUCCGCAGUCUAUGGUCAUCUCCUGUACUGUCCGCAGUCUCUGGUCAUCCCUGUGCUGUCCGCAGUCUCUGGUCAUCCCUGUGCUGUCCACAGUCUCUGGUCAUCUCCUGUACUGUGUCCGCAGUCUCUGGUCAUCUCCUGUACUAUGUCCGCAGUCUCUGGUCAUCUCCUGUACUGUGUUCGCAGUCUUUGGUCAUCCCUGUGCUGUCCACAGUCUCUGGUCAUCUCCUGUACUAUGUCUGCAGU